GUUAAAUCAUUAUUUCUUUAUAUAUCAGAAUGUCAGAAUUACGGAAGCCUUAACAGUCAUAACAGAAAGAUUACGUACUCCUACUCCAUUGGCAAUUAUUGUGACGGUGGAAUCGGACCUGGUUGGUUUCGUUUCGAGAGGUCUGCCGGCACAAGAAUGCCAACUUCAUGUCCACCCAAAAACAGAUGUGGCACUCAUGCAACCGGCUGGUUGAAUGGUGGACACCCCACAGUAGCAGAAGGUCAGGUCAGCAGGACGGUGUGUUUUCACUGGAGUAGUAGCUGCUGUGAUUGGUCAACAAACAUCAAAGUGAGAAAUUGUGGUUCAUAUUAUGUGUACUAUCUUAAUGAUACACCAACUUGUUCUCUCCGUUAUUGUGGCACUAACUGA